CGUAAGGUGGGGGAGGAGGGCGAGGAGGGUGUAGUUGCUCGCACCGGCUUGCAGCGGCUCGACCCCGGCGGGGAGCGGCGGCGGCGGCGGCGCGGGCUUCCGCUAUCCACGGGCUGAGGACUAUUCGCUCCCCGACGGUCCUGCGCGGGCUCCAGAUCCUAACCGCGGCGGGGGCGAGUGGCCCCCGCCCCCACUCUGAGAAGAGAAGAUGAGUUUCCUCUUUAGUAGCCGCUCUUCUAAAACAUUCAAACCAAAGAAGAAUAUCCCUGAAGGAUCUCAUCAGUAUGAACUCUUAAAACAUGCAGAAGCAACUCUAGGAAGUGGGAAUCUGAGACAGGCUGUGAUGUUACCGGAGGGAGAGGACCUCAAUGAGUGGAUUGCUGUUAACACUGUGGAUUUCUUCAACCAGAUCAACAUGUUGUAUGGAACUAUUACAGAAUUCUGCACUGAAGCAAGCUGUCCCGUCAUGUCUGCAGGUCCAAGAUAUGAAUAUCAUUGGGCAGAUGGUACUAAUAUUAAAAAGCCAAUCAAGUGUUCUGCACCAAAAUACAUUGACUAUUUGAUGACCUGGGUUCAGGAUCAACUUGAUGAUGAAACUCUUUUUCCUUCUAAGAUUGGUGUCCCAUUUCCCAAAAACUUUAUGUCUGUGGCAAAGACCAUCCUAAAGCGUCUGUUCAGGGUUUAUGCCCAUAUUUAUCACCAGCACUUUGAUUCUGUGAUGCAGCUGCAGGAGGAGGCCCACCUCAACACCUCCUUUAAGCACUUUAUUUUCUUUGUUCAGGAGUUUAAUCUGAUUGAUAGGCGUGAGUUGGCACCUCUUCAGGAAUUAAUCGAGAAGCUUGGAUCAAAAGACAGAUAAAUUUUUCUUCUAGAACCCAGUUACCCUCUUGCUUCAUCUACUUCUUCAGCUAUCUCAUUGCUAUCUGUUAUAGACUAGAGAUACAAACUUUACAGGGUAAAAAAGGCACCUGUUGUCUGUGUCUACUGACAAAAUUGUCCCAAAGGUAGGUUGGCCAUUGUAAUACCUUCAGAGUGAGAAGUUCAGGACACAGCUGAAUUUGAGGCACUGUGUGACCACUGCCACAGUCAUCCUUGGUUGUAGUAUGCAACAACUAACUAGUUUAUUAGUUUUAUUAUCCUUUUACUGAAGACAAUGUUUGAGUCUGUUUCAGGUGACAGCAUGACGGAUAUUAAGAAUUUCCACCAAUAAUUUAUUAACAAGUUUCCAGAACAAAUUUCCUAAUAAUGCAGUCAGAUCAGUUUUAUUCUGUUUUCAUUUUACAAAUAGAAGAGAUGUUUUUAAAUUUCCUUAAGAUUUAGAAUAUUUGUGUCACUUUGGAUGUUUAGAAUAUCUGUGUCACUUUGAAGUUUGUACGGUAGUGUUUUUAUAGAUAAGUAUAUAUAUGUAUAUUUUUUCAAAAUCCAUGAUUGCAGUGUAAAUCAUAUGACACGUGGUAUGGGAGUAACCAAAGUUAUUUCUAAAAUGACUUUAUUUUUCCAUCUUUAUUUGGGAUUUUAUUCACAUAAACCUAUCUAAAAUUUUAGGAGUGUGCAUCAAAUAAUUUUUUAAGGCUAUCUGAGGAUUGUCUUGCAGAUGUUUAUUUUGAAAUACUUCAGAUUAAUUUGAAUAGGUUUUGGCUGAGAAAAAAGAUGGAUUCCAAAAAAAUUAUGACGAAUUUGGGUCUUAAAACCACUGUUUUGCUUCAUAUUGUUUGUUUUCAGAGGCCUUGAAAUUUGGCUAGGAGAAUGGAAGAAAGUACUCAGAGUACUUGAUUAUUUUGUUUUGAGUUCUCCUUUAAAAAGAAGCAACUCUGCUUUUAUUGUGACUUGAUUCUUAGUGAAGAGUAGCAUAGAAAUACACGAACAUUAUCACAGUAAGGAUCAAACUUACGGAAUACCACAGGAAACAGCCUUGAAGAUGCACACCUUUUAUAACCCAGCUGAAAGUUUGGUGUGCUACCUGUUUGUAUGUGUGUGUGUGUGUGUUUGGUGUAUGUUUAAAGGAGACAAAAUGGGAGGAAUAAGUAAAAACAAAAAAACAAAAAAACUUCAUUCUGUUAAUAGUUUUUAUAUCAAAACUUGAAAUUAUUCUGUUACUAUUGGAAUAAAAAUCUUCCCCUUUAGUGAAGAAAAGAUCUAAUUUUCAUUAGGUUUCUAAGAUUUAGACUGUUUAAAUGUAUCGAGGCGCACAUAUAUCGAAGACUUGCCAGACAGGCAACACUUCGAUACUCUUUCUUGACAUCUGCAAAGGUUAAAUUUGAUAGGGUUUUUGUUAUUUAUUUUUUAUUAUUCCUCUAGAGUGCAAAGAAAAGAAUUGCUUUGAAACUCCAUUUUUAUAAUAACUCAAUUUCAAUAAAUUCUUAAAUAUAUACAUAAUUUAAAGGAAACAAAACAUUGGUCUGAUUUAGGCUGAAACCAUACAUCAGUGUUUAAGGAAAUAAAGAGUGGGAUAAUCCCUUACGAAAAAAAGAGGGAAACCUUCUCCGUGAGGCAGUCCCCAGUCCCCAUUUGCAGCUUGUCCAGAGGUCCCUGUCAGGCAUUGUGUAUGUGUAUGUUGACCAUUUCCAAACAAGAAAGAUUUUUAGAUGCCGCCUAGAAUGUUACUGUUUCUUGACUUUAAAUCUUGUUGGCUUUUAUUCAAUCUGCAAGGAAUGAAACUAUAUUUCUCAACUAGGGUUGUACUCUCAUCAUCAUUUCUAAUAUUCCGAAUAUCAUCAGACAAAAGGGUUCUCACUUUUGUCCACUUAUUUUCAGUGAUAGAAAUCCUCCCUCUCUUAAUGACUCCGCCCUAAAACAAACCAAAGAUAGUCACAUGCUAGGACAAUAGUAGAGACAGCUUGAUAAUAGGACACAGAGUUUAAAAUUUGUUGGUAAUUUGAGACCCAGAAUGUCCUUUAAAAAAAAAAAAGUUACCAGGUUCCCAAGCUAAUUUGGCUUAACCAGCGACACAUCGAAACAA